AUUAAAUAUUACUCGUUUUCGGUCUUUCUACAAUUUCUGCUGCUCUCUUCUAUUCCAUGUGGGCUGCAGCUCAACUUCCACUGCUGCUUCCUCGUUACUUCCCCUCUGAAAGCUGCUCCCCAUUUUCUAAUUCUCAUCUUUGAAAGAUUCGUCGGCUACUACCCUGUUCUUCAUAUGAUCGAAUAAAGAGUAUGGGGGUUAUCCAUUUAAGCAUUGGCUAAGCAGCCUUUUGUUGUAACCAUAGUGUUGGAGUUGGGGGGUUCUGCCUAGUGCUGUGGUUUUUUGUCUUCUAAAUACUUCUUGUGGAUCUUGAAUUGUGGAAAUCUGAAACCAGAACAGAAGGAAACCACCUUCAUUUUCUGAUUUCGAGUCGAAUUCUUAUGCACCCGACACACUUUAAUUCCCAUAUUUAUAUUCUCCUUCUCCUUUUCAGUUUUCAUGCAGUAGCUAGCAGCCUAGGAGAAAAAUCAUUGGAUCAAGAAAUAUGAUGUUGGAUUUCGCUUAGAGAUCCAAACUAUAUUCUCCGUGUAAGAGAUGGUUGCAGACUCGUGGUUUCGCAGUCUCUGGAGGACAAAAAAGAAGCACGAGGAUGGUCCUGAGAAAGCAGUGAUUAGAGUUUUGGCCUUUGAAGUAGCAAGCUUGAUGUCUAAGCUAGUCCAGUUAUGGCAAUUUCUGAGUGAUAAACAAGUGGCUAGGCUCAGAGAGGAAAUUUCAAAUUCAGUGGGUAUAAGAAAGCUUGUGUCAGAUGAUGAUGAUUAUAUUGGAGGUUUAAUAUGCAUCGAGUUGUUCGAGAAUAUGGUCCGUGUGGCAAAAUCUGUGGACAGGCUUGGGAGGAAUUGUACUGAUCCUAGUUUGAAGGGUUUUGAGACUGCUAUUAGUGAUUUGAUCAAUUACGGUGUUGACACUUAUGGAUGGCAAUUAUCAUGGAAAAAGAUGGAGAGGAAGGCCAAGAAGAUGGAGAGGUUCAUUUCAAUAAAUGCAAAUUUGUAUGAAGAGAUGGAAGUUCUUUCAGAGCUUGAACAGACGUUGAGUAGAAUGAAAGGCAGUGGUGACUUAGAUGGUGUUAAUUUGCCGGAGUUUCAAAAGAAGGUAGUGUGGAAGCGGCAGGAGGUGAAGAAUUUGAAAGAGGUCUCUCUGUGGAACAGAACUUAUGACUAUACAGUCCUCCUUUUAGCAAGAUCUCUCUUCACAAUAUUCGGUAGGAUCAAGCAUGUCUUUGGAGUUCAACAGAUGGCAGAUGGUGAAUCCAAAGAUUCUGAUCACAUUAGUCGUAGUCAUUCAGUGUCUGCAAUAAUACAGCCUUCAGUCCAACCAUCUGAGAACGGUCUUCCAAGAUUUGCCUCAGGUCCCCUUGGGAGGUUUGCUGCUACAUCAGGGCCAAUUUCGAAAACACACAAAACCAACAAUUUCUUUUCAGGCCCUCUUGGUGGCUCCAGCACAAAAUCAGGCCCUAUUUCAGCAAAAAAGAAAGAUGUCAACUUCUUUUCAGGUCCUCUUGGGAAGUCAACAAAAUCAGGCCCAAUUGCUGCAACUAAUAGAACCAUCAGGAAGUUCUGGAAGUCUCGUGAUCACUCAGUCACUAAUCAUGAGAAGAAACCACCUACAAAGCCCAAUAGGUUGACUCAAGUUGGACCUUUUAAAGGAUGCAUGAUAAGCAAUUCACCUGUCACCAAUUGCUACUUGAAUUCAAAUGGUGUUCGUUCAGCAAUUCUCAAUGUAGCCAGAGAUGCCAAUGGAGACAUUUUGGCUUCUGGCAGCAAACUUCAUCCUAGUCCGUCAAUCUUCAGUUCCAAGUACAAAUUGUUGGAUGCUCCACCUGAAACCCUUGGUGCUGCUGCCUUAGCACUGCACUACGCAAAUGUUGUUAUUGUAAUUGAGAAGUUAGUUGCAUCUCCUCACUUGAUUGGUCUUGAUGCGAGAGAUGACCUGUACAAUAUGUUGCCUGCAAGUGUGAGAGCUGCACUAAGGGCAAGGCUAAAGCCAUACAGUAAGAGCUUAACUUCAUCAGUUUACGAUACAGUUCUUGCAGGAGAGUGGAAUGAGGCAAUGGCGGGGAUAUUAGAAUGGUUGGCACCACUUGCUCAUAACAUGAUAAGAUGGCAAUCCGAGAGGAGCUUUGAACAGCAAACCUUGGUUUCCAGGACACAUGUUCUUCUGGUUCAAACCCUCUACUUUGCAAAUCAACAGAAAACAGAAGCAACAAUUACAGAGCUUCUUGUUGGUUUGAAUUACAUCUGGAGGUUUGGCAGAGAAGUCAAUGCAAAGGCUCUGUUAGAUUGUGAUAGCAAUAGAACGUAUGAUGAUUUUUUGGAUAUGGAUGGGUAGUAGAAUUUCAGCUUAUUGCAAUUACCAGAUGCAGAUCUCAAGUCUACCCACAUUGCCAAUGCUCUGACCUGGCUUGUCGAUGAGGUUGCUGAAUGCUACUGGACAGAUUGAUAAUUGCGUGGUCCAGGAGACACAAUCAGCUAUUUUUAAUAUCCUUGUAUUAAAAGGCAUCCUUGGUAAGUCAAAAAGGUAUAGACAGAGCUUCCAAACAUUCUUUCUUUUGGUGGGUUUCUACCCACUGGAAUAUGGCUCCUCUAUUCUUUUUUUUCUCAUAUAAGCAUGGUAUGCCAUAUUUAAUUAAGCUGUGUACCUUGUAUAUUUUAUCAGCUAUACUUGUUUCUUUUUCAAUGGUUGUAAAUCUGUGGUAUAAAAGGUUCUCUCCAUAAUAUCAAAACGCCUCGUAUGGUCAAGCGUUUUCUUUUGUAA